CAUCCAUACAUUCCCCUUCUACUUUUUCACUCGUGCCUCUAUACCCAGCAUGCUUUCUCUACGGAAUCUCGCCCGCGCGGCGCCGCGAUCAGUUGCCCGUCUGUCCACCAAAACUGCCCGCCCACAGUUCUCCCUUCUCCGCACAACCUCCGUCUGCCAACCGUCGUGGACACAAAGUGCAUCGAGACUCGGGGCCUCAUUCCACACUUCUUCGAUAAGGAGACAGGAAAUUGACAAUGCCGAACUCGUCGCGAAGCUGCAGUCGGAAAUUUCCAUUGAGGAGGAGACACGAACCGAUGAGCAGUACUCCAGCAAUGUCAUCAAUGACUAUCUUGAGAACAGCCCAUUCACCCUCGAAGAGACAGCAGGACAGGAGGAGGUUGUUCUUUCCCGGCAGAUAGGCGAUGAGACCAUCCGCGUUGCCUUCACCACCGCCGAUCUUACCAACGAAAACCAAGAGCGAGAAAUGGACGACCAGGCCAUGUACGACGAGGAAGAGGGCGUUGAGGAUAUCAUCGGACAGCAGUCAGGAGGAGCUAACAGCAAGGGUGCUGCGAACCAGGGCCGAACUGCCAACGGAAAUGUGAAGGUCGCCCCCGAGGACAGCGUUUCUCCCGCAGACAGGCCCGAGCUGGACGAUGAGGUGAUUGACGAGGAUGAGCCUCGCGACCAGAGCUUCGCUGCCCGCGCGAAUAUCCGUAUCGAGCGCCCAGGAAGGGGUGCGCUCGCCAUCGAAGCUGUUGCCCAGGACGGCGACUUCGUGAUUGAGAACAUCUUCUACUUCCCCGAAGCCGAUCUGGCCGACCCGAAGACCGCAGAGAAGGACUGGGAGAGGCGCAACCUGUACACCGGUCCUCCAUUUGGGAACCUUGAUGAGGACCUGCAGAUUCUGCUCGAGAAGUACCUCGAGGAGCGCGGCAUCAACACUCGCAUGGCUCUGUUCAUCCCAGACUACAUAGACUACAAGGAGCAGAAGGAGUACCUCAGGUGGUUGGGCAAUGUCAAGAACUUCGUCGAUGCUUAGAUGCUAGCUAGCUAAGAAUUCGUAGUCGGGAGUAAUUCUCCUUCUCUGUAUUAUUUGUAACUACUCCAGAUGUUUCUACGGAGGCUUGACUUCUGGGGCGUAAUGCGGCCGUGUACAUCAGUUGUGAGAUGGGUUGGCUCGAGGGGCGUGUGUCGUUGCUUGAAGUCUUGAGGAGGCGAGAAUGUGGUAUCCAUGACCAUAGAUUCUCCAAAAUACUCGCAAAAGCGCAGUUCCACUCUUCUCAUCUCACCGCCCUCGAUUAUUAUGUGACCCCUGCUGUCUUCGCAGCACUGAUAGUGCAAUCACAGCGCUCGCGGGAUGCCUUACAAUCCUAGGCGCAGUGCCC